AAUAAAGUAGUUUCGCAUUUGCCGGCGUGAACCAAUAAAAUACCGAUAUAUGCAAAGGCGAAAUACAAGCACACAACGCAGUUGUAAAACAUAGCAGGACCAGAGCACCCAAAAGUCCGUGGGAGCCGCCACCACCAGCAAGAGAGAACAAGAGCAAGCCCGCAUUAGAGUCGGCGCACUCUUAACACCAUCCACAUACACACCGAUACAAACGAAAGAGAGGGAGCACUGUUGGGGCUGUUGGGGACGGUCUUGGCUGCGCCGGAUGGCGACGCAUGUUUCAGAUUGCCGAGAGCCAGCAAACGCGUCGAGUGUGCUUUUUAGCGAUGUGCGGGUAAAACAAUAGAGGCGACAACAACACAUACAACAGCAAAAAACUAACCCAAGACAUCAUCAAGAGAGGGAGCGUGAGAGAGAGAGAGGAGAGGAGGUCGUCUCAUAUCAUACGUCGCUGCCGCCGCCGCCGCCGCCCACCAACCGACCGACCGACUGACCGCCGAAGUGUAUGUUCGUCAUUGUUGCUGCCUCUGCCUCUGCCGCUGCCGUCGUCGACUGCGGCGACGAGAAUUCGUACGCAACAAACGAAAAUAAAACAAGCUAAGCAAAAGAGAAAGAACAAAUAACGCCCACCGUAUUGCCGCCCGCCCUUCACCUCUCGCAGCGUGGUUGUUGGAAGAAGAAGCCGAAGAGGAGGAAGAAGAUAGCAGAGAAUUGGAGCUUUGCGCAGAAAUCGAUUUUUUGCCCAUUUUAAGAGAUUUUUUGUGUUUGUGAGCCGGAGCCGGAGCCGAGCCUUGUCGGUAUUUUUUUUGACUACCGAAAUAUACUGCAGACCGAGACACUCACACCAGCGCGAAACGUGUUCCACAUGCAAAUGCUGCGCUGCUGCUGCUGCUGCAUUUCGUGAAUAUAGGAAUAGCAAGAGGAGGAGUGGAGUCCUUGCAAAAGUGACGACACGAUCAACAGCGCCCCACCCCUUACCCCUGCAUAACAACUGUUAACCGUGUGUGUGUGUGUGUGUGCGUGAAGCGAAACAAACAAAAAAAGAGUACUUAAUCUUGUGUGAUUCCUAAACGGAAAAUAGCAACAAAAUAAACGCGAUAUCUGCACCCCGUUCCGUGCCGUCGUGAGUCACAAUAAUUAAGCAGCAUUUGUUGUUGCUGCUGUGAAUAGCUUUUUAGCUGCUACCUGGCAUUGAAGAGGUGCUGCUGCUCUCGGGCUAGCGAGCGAGCGCGAAAGUCAGCGUGAGAGAGGGAGAAGAAGAUAAACAGCAAGGAAAUAAUAAUAUUAAAUAAUAAACUCAGCAAAAAAAGUGCCAGUGAAGUAUAAACCAACAAAAGUAUAUACUAAACCAAAAGCUAAAGCAAACGGGAGAGAUAGAUUGAGGCAAAAGAAAAUCGGUUGUUGCGGUCACGAAAAUCAACGGAAAAUCAAUAAAAGGUCUACCCCUCCCUCCCGUCGUAGGCAGUGGAAAAACGUGCAAACAAGUUGAGCCACACAGAAAGAAAAAAACGCUGCAAAAAAUAUAAAGAGAAGCAAAAGUAAAACUCCGCGCUCGUGUAUAUGUUUGCGCGUGUGUGUGUGACCGCGUGUGAGCUUGUGAAUGCGCCUGUGUGUGUGUGUGUGUGCGUUAACGUCUAACUGCUAAUCGUAGUCGUCGACGCCGCGUAACCAAAAGCUUACGUAAAGCUCUAAACAAAAAAAUUAAGCACUAACUGCAACAGUUUUUUGACACACAAAACAACGAAGAAAACGCAACAAAAAAUAAGCAGAAAAGAGAAACAACCAAGAAGAAGACGAAGAUAAACAACGUAAACGUACACGUAAAAGUAAAAGCAAAAGCAAAACCAAAAGCAAAAUGACAAAAGACAGAUUAGCAGCCCUCCAUGCCGCCCAAUCGGACGAUGAGGAAUCGGAAGAGGUGGCGGUCAAUGUGGAUGGACACGAUUCCUAUAUGGACGAUUUCUUCUCCCAAGUGGAGGAGAUACGCGGCAUGAUCGACAAGGUGCAGGACAAUGUCGAGGAGGUGAAGAAGAAGCAUUCGGCCAUACUGUCGGCCCCACAAACCGACGAGAAGACCAAACAGGAGCUCGAGGAUCUGAUGGCCGACAUCAAGAAGAAUGCAAAUCGCGUAAGAGGCAAACUCAAGGGCAUCGAACAGAAUAUCGAACAGGAGGAGCAACAGAAUAAAUCAACGGCAGAUUUGCGCAUUCGCAAGACCCAACAUUCGACGCUGUCACGGAAAUUUGUGGAAGUAAUGACGGAAUACAAUCGCACCCAGACCGACUAUCGGGAGCGUUGCAAGGGGAGAAUACAGCGUCAGCUGGAGAUCACCGGUCGUCCCACCAACGAUGAUGAGCUGGAGAAGAUGCUGGAGGAGGGCAACUCAUCGGUGUUCACCCAGGGCAUCAUUAUGGAGACGCAGCAGGCGAAACAGACGCUGGCGGAUAUCGAGGCACGGCAUCAGGACAUCAUGAAGCUGGAGACAUCCAUCAAGGAGCUGCACGACAUGUUCAUGGACAUGGCCAUGCUGGUGGAGUCGCAGGGCGAGAUGAUAGAUCGCAUUGAGUACCAUGUGGAGCAUGCUAUGGACUAUGUGCAGACGGCAACUCAGGAUACCAAGAAGGCGCUCAAAUACCAAAGUAAAGCGCGACGAAAGAAGAUCAUGAUACUGAUAUGCCUCACUGUAUUGGGCAUCUUAGCGGCCUCAUAUGUUAGCAGUUAUUUCAUUAUACAAGCAAGCAAAUAGAGAAUCGGCAUGCAAUAUCCAGAAAAUACUGGCUUUUCUACCACACUCUACAUAUAUCCAUAAAUAUUCCAUAACUGUAGAGACCAAUGCAACAAAGCUACCAUAUUUGUACGCCAAUGUAAUGUGAGUUGAGAGGUGAAUGAUUUGGGGAUAAUACACGAAAAAAGAGAAAUGUUUUCGUUUUUAAGUAGGAAUUAAAAUUCAAUGCACCAGACAAGAAAAACCUCGCACAAAAAGAAUCAAUCGGAAAAUGCACCAGAAAGAGAAAAUAUCAAACGGGAAUUGAUAAAAAUGGUCAAAAUGCUUGCACAUUUAUUUUUUGUUUCGCUUUCAACUUUUUGAAAAGAAAGAUAGAGAAUGCAACAGCAACAGCAACAAACCGCACCUGCAACAAACAACUACAGCAACAAUCAGCACUUUAACAACCGCGUUACAGUGAAAAAAAACAAAGAAACAAUAAAAUUAUUAUCGUAUUAUGUCAAUCAAUCAAACUGCCAUUCAAAAUGCAAUCAAAAAACAAACAACAAGAAGAAAAGCCCCGAAUAAACGCGACUCCGCCCGCGAUAAGCCAGUGGUCCACCGCCAUCCCAUCGACCACCCCGCUUCCAGUUUCCAGUCACGUCACGAGUUCUCGAUUCCAGAUUCGCCAGCCUUCCAGUCGAAACAAAAAGCAAAAACAAAAAACACAGCUGCACUGCUUCAUUCCCCAGAGUUGAG